AUGAUCGACAGGAAGUUCAGCAUUUUCACGAGGAAGAAAAGUUCGCCGAAUCAAGAUAAGAACGGUGGUAUCACUGGCGUUCAUGGGAGUGCGUUGAAAGAGGUUGAGUCAGGUGAAUGCUCUCCAAUGAACGAGGUGCAAUUCCGGCUCCCAAGUGAUCGACGCAUUUCGUCACCAUCUGGAGACUCUGGUUAG